AAAAGUAUAUUUCAAGUCAUGCAAACCACAUUUAAUGUGGGAGGGUGGCAAUGCAGUGCACAGGCAACACAUAUUCACACUCAACAUCUUUUGAGACACACAGCAAUAAAGUGUGUUGGAGGGUCAGUGUUGCUAUUGAGAGAGGUCAGAGAGCUGUUUCUUGCUGCCGUGUGGUGGCUCAGGGGAGAGAGGGGAGAGGGGUGUGGU